CCGGUGUUGACACCGUCAGUGUGGUUGGUGUUCAGGAUGCACAGAGUCUCAUAUGAAAGCUGCUUCCUCCGGCGUGGACAGAACAAAUCCUGCCCUUGUGUUUGGACUGAACACUUUUUACUUCAUAACGACGGAAUUCACACUAACUUUGUAAAAACAAUCUCAGCUGAUGCUUCGCUUUUUUCUGCCGGCAGUAAAUAAUUCUUUGUCAGCUUUGUGACGGAUUUGAUUAAUUUUACAUUAUUUUGCAUCGCGUUUAUUGGUGAUUAUGGAAAUAAAAAGUGAGACGCUUGACGUGACUUAGUGUGCCUGUGUUAGCUUUAGCAGGUUUAGCAUCGGCUAAAGAAUAAGUGCAUAAAACUUACAUCAGCAUUAACACAUAACAGACAGUGUGAUUAACUCGUGUGUUUUAUUCCACUAAACUCUAGAAGUGUGUAAAUAAACCCGUCGGUGGCGGAAAUAAAAAGUUUGUGGAUCCUUUUGUCACUAGCAAAGUUAGCUUUAGGGCUAGUUUGUCCGUUUGGCUUCGUGAGGAGAUUUUAUUUCCUUCAGGUGAAAAUAAUCCGCGCCAAAAUGAAGACUUUGUUCAGAUUAAUAAAGAAUAACGAGUUCAGGACACCAGUGAGUUUUGUGUCUGCUGCUGGACCUGAAGCUAAGCUAACAAUCACAGCCUGCUAGUCAGUCAUGCUAACUUUCACCACACGGUGACUUUCUUUUAGCUUUUAUUUCUUUAUUGAGAUGUUGUUUUGGGUGUAAAACGGAUUUUUUGCGUGAAAAGAAACCCUGUUCGGACAGAUAAACAUAAUGAAUCUCCGGAGUUUGUUUGUGUUUGUUGUGAUGAACUGGCUUCAGAUCAGUGCAGAAAUUUGUCAGAGUAAGGACAUCAGGAACAAUGUGACUAACAUGCACUCUCUGGAGAACUGCACUGUGAUCGAGGGCCACCUGAAGAUCCUGCUGAUGUUCCACACGAGAGCAGAGGACUUCCGGGGUCUGAGCUUCCCCAAGCUGACAGUAGUGACGGAUUACCUGCUGCUGUUCCGGGUUUAUGGCCUGGAGAGCCUGAGCGACCUGUUCCCCAACCUCACGGUCAUCCGAGGUAACAACCUGUUCUUCAACUACGCCCUGGUCAUCUUCGAGAUGCUGCAGCUGAAGGAGAUCGGACUGCACAGUCUGAUGAACAUCACACGCGGCGCCGUGAGGCUGGAAAAGAACCCGGACCUGUGUUACCUCUCUACACUCGACUGGUCACAGGUCCUCGACUCUGUGGAAGACAACUACAUCACCACCAAUAAAAACGAGGGAGAGUGUGGAGACGUGUGUCCCGGCAUGGCCAGGGGCAAGACCAUCUGCCCUCAGACCAUCAUCAACGGGCAGUUUGGUGCACGCUGCUGGACACAACGACACUGCCAACGUAUGUGUCCAUCGGUGUGUAAGGGGAGGGCAUGUACGGAGGACGGUCAGUGCUGUCACUCAGCGUGUUUGGGAGGCUGCGUGAAGCCAGAUUCUGCCGCAGCGUGUGUGGCGUGUCGUCACUUCCUGCAUGCGGGGGUGUGUGUGGAGGCCUGCCCUCCUGGCUCUCUCUCCUUUAAAGGGUGGCGGUGUGUCAGCCCUGCCUACUGCCACACCCUUCACAUGCAGUGCUCUCGCAAAACACAGGACCAAACCUGCAACUCCUAUGUCAUCCACCAAGGGGCGUGUGUUCCUGAGUGUCCCUCAGGGUACACCACUGUCAACUCCACAACGCUGAUGUGUUCACCGUGUGCAGGAAUGUGUCCUAAAGUGUGUGUAGGAGAGAAGACAGUGGACUCGGUGACGGCGGCUCAGGCACUGCGGGGUUGCACGCUGCUCAAUGGCAGCCUCAUCAUCAACAUCCGAGGAGGAAAUAACAUUGCAACAGAACUGGAAGCUAAUCUUGGUCAGCUGGAGGAAAUCACAGGAUACCUGAUGGUGCGUCGCUCCUACGCUCUCGUCUCUCUGUUGUUCCUCAGGAAGCUCAGACUGAUCCGCGGAGAGACGCAGGAAAGGGGGAAUUACUCCUUCUUCGCUCUGGAUAAUCAGAACCUGCGUCAGCUGUGGGACUGGACCAAACACAACCUGAGCAUCCAGCAGGGCCGCAUGUUCUUCCACCACAACUCCAAACUGUGUAUGAGUGAGAUCCGCAAGAUGGAGGAGGUGACGGGGACGAGAGACCGACAGCCCAAGAACGACAUCGGCUUUAAAACCAACGGAGACCAGGUGUCAUGUGAGUACCGGGUGUUGAAGUUUACGACAGUUCGGACUCAUUCAGAUAAAAUCAUUAUAAAAUGGGAGCCGUUCUGGCCACCGGACUUCAGGGACCUGCUGGGCUUCAUGGUGCUGUAUAAAGAAGCGCCAUACAGGAACGUGACAGAGUUUGAUGGACGAGGUGCGUGUGGCUCUAACAGCUGGGUGAUUGCAGAUGUGGAUCCUCCUCAUCGCUCCAGUGAUGUUCGACAGCAGCAGGAACCUGGAUUCCUCAUUAGAUCUUUAAAGCCCUGGACUCAGUAUGCCAUUAUGGUUAAAGCUCAGCUCUCCACCUCUGACGAACACCAAGUCCAGGGGGCCAAGAGCCAGAUCAUCUACGUCCUCACCAAUGCCACCAAGCCGUCUGUGCCACUGGAUCUGAUCUCAUCCUCCAACUCGUCCUCUCACAUCAUCCUGAAGUGGAAACCUCCCAAUGACCCCAAUGGUAACAUCACACACUAUGUAGUGUCCUGCCUACAGCAGCCUGAGGCCAGCGAGCUCUUCAAGUUUGACUACUGCCAGAAAGGCAUGAAACUACCAUCUCGAGCCCCCACACAGGUGGACAGUAAGGAGGGAGAGAAGUGGAACCAGACAGCGGAGUCAGGACUGAGUGAGAGCUGCUGUCCGUGUCCUAAAACUGAGAAACAGCUGAAGAAAGAAGCAGAAGAAAGUGAAUACCGCAAAACCUUUGAGAAUUACCUGCACAAUGAGGUCUUCCGCAUCAGGCCAUCCCGUCAGCGCAGAUCCGUCAUGGGUGUGGCCAACAGCACAGUCCCCGCCUUCAAGACCACACCUGCUCCCCUCCCAAGCCUGAGUCUGGAGGGGGAGGCGGAGUCAAAUAAGAUUAUUCAGUUUGUCUAUGGUAAGGAAUCAACAGUGAUCUCCACCCUGAGACACUUCACCAGCUACCAGAUCGAGAUUCACGCCUGCAACAACCAGCCAGGUGACCCUGAGCGCUGCAGCAUGGCCGCCUACGUCAGUGCUCGCACCUUACCUGAGGAUCAUGCUGAUGACAUCCUCGGACAGGUUUUUUUUAACGUUGUUGAUUAUUCGGUGCACAUCAGGUGGGCGGAGCCAAAAGCCCCAAAUGGCAUGAUCAUACUGUACGAGGUGAAUUACAAGAGACUGGGAGAUACAGAGGAGCUGAGUCACUGUGUGUCCAGGAAGCAGUACAUCAGUGAUAGUGGCUGCAGGUUGCGAUUGGUUAAUCCUGGCAAUUACACUGUGCGAAUCCGAGCCACAUCACUAACAGGAAACGGGUCGUGGACAGAACCUGCGUACUUUUACAUCAAAGAUCUCCGUGUGGAUCCAUCUAACAUGUUAAAGAUUAUUGUGGUCCCGGUGGUGUGUGUUGUGUUGGUGGUGCUGAUGGCCACAGCUGGAUUAGUCAUGUUCAGAAAGAAGCAUGCAGAAGGACCAACUGGACGCCUGUACACUUCACCAAACCCAGAAUAUCUCAGUCCAGAUGAAAUGUAUGAGCCAGACGAGUGGGAGGUGGCUCGGGAGAAGAUCACCCUGCUGCAUGAGCUGGGUCAGGGCUCGUUCGGGAUGGUGUACGAGGGCGUGGGCCGUGACUUGGUGAAGGGCGAGGCUCAGACACGUGUUGCUGUCAAAACGGUUAACGAGGUGGCGAGUCUUCGGGAGAGGAUCGAGUUCCUCAAUGAGGCCUCCGUCAUGAAGGCUUUCAACUGUCACCAUGUGGUGAGGCUGCUGGGUGUGGUCUCUAAAGGCCAGCCCACUCUGGUGGUGAUGGAGCUGAUGACACACGGAGAUCUGAAGAGUUACCUGCGUCGUCUCCGCCCCGAUUCUGAGAAUAACCCGGGCCGUCCUCCCCCCACACUGAGGGAGAUGAUACAGACUGCAGCAGAGAUCGCAGAUGGAAUGGCGUAUCUCAACGCUAAGAAGUUUGUACACAGAGACCUGGCAGCUCGAAACUGCAUGGUGUCUGAUGAUUACACCGUCAAGAUCGGCGACUUCGGAAUGACGCGGGAUAUUUAUGAGACAGAUUAUUACAGAAAGGGAGGUAAAGGGCUUCUUCCUGUCAGAUGGAUGGCACCUGAGUCUCUGAAGGAUGGAGUGUUUACUGCACACUCGGACUGCUGGUCGUUCGGUGUGGUCCUGUGGGAGAUCAGCACACUAGCUGAACAGCCCUAUCAGGGUCUGUCUAAUGAGCAGGUGCUGAAGUUUGUGAUGGAUGGAGGAUUUCUGGAACGGCCGGAUAACUGUCCAGACAGACUUCACAGUCUAAUGCAGAUGUGUUGGCACUACAACCCGAAGCUGCGUCCUGCAUUUCAGGAGAUCGUUGAGAUGUUGAGAGAUGAGCUCCACCCCUCCUUCACCGAUCUGUCGUUCUUCUACAGCGAGGAGAACCGCAUUCGAGCGCAGGACAGUGAUGACUUUGACAUGGACUUGGAGAACAUGGAGAACAUCCCCCUGUCCUCCUACACCCCCGAGGAUGAGGGCACAUAUGAAGGACUCGUCCCCUACACACACAUGAAUGGGGAAAAGAAAAACGGACGUAUUCCCUCACUCCCUCGCUCCAGUCCCUCCUAAUGCAGCAUCAGCAGCUCCAAGCCCCGCCCCUUUUCCCCAAUGUUAGAAGCUACAACAGAUUUCUUUUUCUUCUUCACUGGGUUUUAUAGACUCACUUUUUUAAUUACUUCCUGUUUUCCCCUCAAACACGCCUGGACUCUAGCUGUGUUAGAAUGGAGUUGGUGUUUGAGGCGGAGUCUGAACGUAAUGAUCAACAUUGUGCACGUGAUCUGGAGCGUUUGGGGGCGGAGCCUUGAUGUUCCUGUGGUUGUGUCACGUGUCUCUGCUUGUUUUUGUAUAUGUAGAGAAGCUGCACUCAUCAUGUGAACGUAGAGCAUGCUGACUGCCACGCCCCAAAGACCAACUACCUGGGAACAACAUGUAGAUCUCCACCAAUCAGAAGCCUGCGUCAGGGCAGUCUGUCACAGAGAAAUGAGAGACAGAGACAAACAGAGACAACAAGAUGUCACUGAGGGCAGAAACUCUCUCUCUGUGUCUCUUUCUGUCUCUCUCUCUGUCUCUGUUUCUCUUUCUGUCUCUCUCUCUGUCUCUGUUUUUCUUUCUGUCUCUCUCUCUGUCUCUGUUUCUCUUUCUGUCUCUCUCUCUCUGUGUGUCUCUCUCUCUCUGUCUCUUUCUGUGUCUCUUUCUCUCCCUCUCUCUCUGUGUGUCUCUCUGUGUGUGUGUGUGUGUGUCUCUCUCUUUCUGUCUCUGUCUCUCUCUCUCUUAUUCCACAUUUAAGUACAAACCCUUUCUGUCCCUUUGAUGUACACCAGCACGUCAGUUCUGUUAUCACGAGGAACAUCUUAAUAAUCAUUCAAAUGAAAUAGAACUUUAUAUGUUUACAUCCCAGUUGUUCCUCCCAGUUGACUCCGCCCCCUGUCUCUGGCUAGUUGACUCCGCCCCCCUGUCUCUGGCCAAUCGAUCUCUAUUUUCAGAAUAUUUUUCAGUGAAUGUGACGUUUUUAUUGCAUUAUUGCAGUAGAAUCGUUUUACUGAUGCGUCAUAAAUCAAUGCUAUAAUUUUUUUUCCCUACAGAAAAAAAAGAAGGAUAAAAAUGUGCAUGUCUUUCUCUCAUUCUCUUUGUCUUUUUUAUUUUUAUAUAGAUCCCUCAUCUGACUCUCUUUUAUUUCUCCCUUUCCUGUACGUAUGAUGAAUCAUGUCUGUUUUUUCUUUUCUUUGUACUUUUUGCUUUCCCCCUUCCCCCCUCUCCCCCUCCCCCUCUCUCCCAGACGACUGACUGAUGAUGUGUUUGGAUUGUAUUUAAGUUUUUCUUUAUUAUCUGUGUGUUAAAGCUGAAGGACACUACACAACUGUUUAUCACUAAAUGGUGUGUACACACACACACACACACACACACACACAUAUUCCUACUGACCUCAGAGUCUUGCCGUUACGUUGUUAAAUGGGGCGUGUCCCGAUGCUAUAAUGCGUUACCAUGACAACGACAGAGAUUUUACUAUUCAAAUGUAUUCGUCAGACGACAGACUAGUGAGCGUUCAGAGCUCGUUCACCUAGCAUUAUCUCAGACUUCACAGUUUGCAGAUUAUUUCUAUUUUUAUGACAUAAUUACAUAAGGUUAUGUUUUGAGUUGUUGCCAUGGUGAUGAAGCUACAGAUUACAUUUCAGCAAAAAUGAACAUGUACAAAAAACUUGUGUGUGUGUAAAAAAACAGAUCUGACCAGUAGAUGCUGCUUUAAUAAAUAUAUUUUAUUGGGUUAUGGAUGAGA